CGUUGCGUUCCGGUGUGGCUGGGUUAGGGUGGAGUGAAAGUUCGACCCCGACUGGAUGCUAUCUCAUGAAGCAACGAAAAGCUGUCAACGGGCCAACGAAAAAAGGUAAACAAAUCGGGCUCGUAUUCUAAACAGCGAGGUAGCGGCUUGGUUGUGCAUGGUUUAGUGGCGGAAUCCUUUCGGAAUCGGAACGCGGCACAACUCCACCCGGCACCUCGGUUCGGCAGCACCAUGUCUCGGCUAAUCAAUCGACUGGCAAACACGCUGCGGACGCUCGAAAGCUACCUUUUCGGUGGCAAUGGAUUUCCGCCAGGCGCCCUAGCACUGGUGCACGUGCACGACGGCUCACCACAGCCAGCCGCACCACGGGCAGCACCGUUCUCGCUGCGCGACCUGCUCGGCGAUGGCAUGCUGUGGGCGGUGCCGAAGCAUCGCCGCACGGUCGAGAAGCGCCUCAAGCGCAAGUACGGUUCGCCCGAGUACAAGCUGAAAAUACUGACGCCAAAGGUGCACCUGCGGACGUGCGCGACCUGCGGCAGCGACCAGGAAGUGGGCGUCCUGUGCCCCACGUGCUACAAGAAGGUGCGCACGGAAACGGAGCUGAUGCAGGAGAAAAUACAGUCCGAGCUCGGGCUCGAACCGGUCGACCGGGACGUGGUGGUGCUGUACGAUCGCGAGCGGGACGAGCAGCCGGCCGAGUUUUGGCAGGGCAAGCGGAUCGUCGAGAUGGAGAAGCCGCGCCCGUCUUGGUUUAGCAAAAAUUUGCUCCAGAAGUCGACGCAGCAGCAGCAGCAGUCCGAACCGGACGAGCUGAAACCGGGCCACGAAAAGCUGGGCUGAACUGGACGGGCCCCGGGUCAACCCUUGUGUUUAGCGGAUUAAGGUUUUUGAAUUAGCAUUUGUUUGUUUUCGUUCUGGUAAAGAAAAUAAUACGGAACCUAGCCUAAACGAAUAAAAGAACAGAAUAUGUUUCAUUUCCCGGCA